AAAUAUAUUUUGCUAACCCCUACGACUUAUAUAUUGAUACUGACUACCAAAUAGAGGAUUUAAUUAAUCUAUCUGAAGAGUUAAAACCACUUAAAACUUCAUAUAUUUCUAAUAAUAAUCUCCAAUUAACCCAAUACUCUGACCCUACUAAUAUUACUUAUUUAGAAGAUAGUUCUUUUAGUAAAGGAUCUAUAUCAUAUCAAUUACCCAUUAGUACUUCUCUACCAGAGUCUGUAGUUUUAAAUCCUAAUUUUAGUACACCCUAUGAAUCAUUUGCUUCUGGAUCUACUAGUAAAGUAGAAAAUAUGAUCCAAGAUCUAACUGAUAGUCUUAAAAAAAUGAGACUUAAUUUGGUUCAACAAGAUAACAAGAAGGAAGCUUACACUGUUAAAAGUGGUUAUAAUCUAAAUAAUCGGAAUCAAGACAGAAAUAGAAAAAUCAGCCCAAAUAUUCAGAUUCCAGAAGAAGAUCCAGAUCAGGAUCUCGAAAUUAUAGAAGAAAUCUAUCUAGAAGUCAAGAAAGGUAUAGAAGAAAUACUCGAGAUUAUAAUCGUUAUGACAGAAGCAGAUCUAGAGAUUAUAAUCACUAUGAUAGAAACAGAUAAUAAAGAAACUACCUCUACCAAUCAUUGGGAUACUCUUUUAAAUAAUACUAGUAUUAGAGGAGCCUUAGCAAAUUAUCUGCAAGAAACAGAAUUUCAGAAAGAAGAAUUAAAUUUUCAGGAAGUCUAUACUAUUGGACAAUUAGAACUAGAAGAAGAGUACUUAUUAACUUCAGAAAAUCAUGUUGAAACAG